GUGUAAAUUCAUCUUCUAUUGAUAUUUAUUGAUUCUAACAUCCAUGAAUGCUUCAUAUCAACAAACUGCAAUUUGCGCAAUUGCCGGUAAAAAACUAAUACAUACACUACAUCACGUGCUAAUACGACAGAUUUACCAAGCUAACAAAGAACUGCGCAGCCGCCAUGUUAUACAACUCUGAAUCAUCGUACUUACCAAAUUUCAAUCACUUUUUCGAAGAUAUUAUACAUCCCAUCUAUCCAUAAAGGUUAUCAAUCCACAACGUGUAUAUUCCUAAGAUUUAAAAUCUUCAGUUAUUUCGGUAAAAUACUGCUAAAAUUACGAUAUUUCUCAAAUUCAAACGAAUUUUCUUCUCCAAUUUCAACAUUCAUCCACCUCGGCAAAUGGCUGCCUAGCAAAUGCUUCAUUGCGAUCUUACUGCGCAUGCGUCAGAAUAGGCUAUGUUGGCUAAAAGCAAAAGAUUUUAAUGUUUGGAUUUCUGCACACUCUAAUGCAUUUCUAAUAUUUGUGUAGUAAUUUAAAUCAUUUCUUUAAAUUCGAACAUGAAGGGAAAACUGAAUAAUAUCGUACCAUGUUUUCUAGAAAGCAGGAAAAAUUCGAAUUGCAUUUUAGAACUUGAAGAAUUUUUAUUGUCUGAGGAAGAAAGUAUUAUAACCGAUGCUAUUGAUGUUACUAAAGAGCUUUUUUCAAAUAUAUUUUCACAAGCUAUGUUACGUCAAGGAUUUAAUGCAGGUGAAGUUCAAGAAAAGUAUAGACUCUGGCUUUUUAAUAGAUAUGAGGACUAUGUUGGUCAUCUUCUGUCAUAUUUAUCACAUCCAAGCUCAAAAAUUCGGGAAUCAGCGCUAGACACACUCCUAACCUUUGUCAAAUUGGAAAAAGAAUAUCCUAUAAAAGUAGUUGAUAAUGGUAAAUAUUAUUUUCCUCGCAAUCUUUUUCAGAAGAUCAUCAAAGAGUUGCUGUCCUAUGAAAUUGAUCAGCAGAAAGUUAUUUUGAGAUUUCAAAAUUGUACUUCUUCUGAAGAUAAUAAGUUUUACCUGCUUAAAUGCAUGCAGUGUACCUUAGAAAGUUCUGAAAAGCUGACUGAUGUUUUUAUUGAAAAUACUUUUCAUCUUCUGCGUGGACUUGAAUAUCCUGAGGAAUUUUCUAAUUCAGGUGUUCAAGGUCAGUUUGGUAUUGACGAAAAAAAGUUUUCCAAAUUGUUUUCAUCUGUUUGGAGGAGGUUUUUGAAAUUUCAGCUCCCUCCAGUGCUCUUUCGAAAAGUUUUAAUGUGCUUAGAUGAAGGAGUACUUCCACAUUUACAAAAUCCAUGUGUCAUGACAGACUUUCUUACAAAUGCUUACAACAAAGGUGGUAUAACUAGUCUAUUAUCCUUGAAUGGAUUAUUUUUACUUAUGCAAAAGUAUAAUGUGGAAUAUCCAGAUUUUUACAAAAAAUUGUAUGCUUUAUUCAGUGAAAAAAUUGUAAAUGGAAAACUAAGUGCAAGGUUUUUUUACUUGUCAAAUCUGUUUUUAUCAUCUACACACUUACCAGCGUAUGUUGUGGCAUCUUUUGCAAAAAAAUUGAGCAGGAUUUCCUUAAUGUCAAGAACAGACACCCUUAUGAAAAUCGUGCCUUUUGUAUGCAACCUUCUCAUACGCCAUCCUACUCUCAAUGUGCUAAUCCACCGAAAUGAUCCCAAAAGUCUUUCAUGUGAUCCCUUCAAUUUUGAUGAAACAGAUCCAUCUGCAAGCAAAGCUAUUGAUAGUUCUCUCUGGGAGCUGAAAGCUUUGCAAAAUCAUCUGAAUCCUGUGGUUUCCAGUAAAGCUAAAGUGAUUAAUUCUAAUUUACCUAAAUUGGAAUAUGACAUAUCAGGAGUUCUUAAUGUCACAUUAAAUGAUGUCUAUCAAAAAGAAAGAAAACGCAAAUUUUCUGAAAUGCCUCUUGCAACAAAAAAGCCAUGUAUGGAAAAUGUUUGGAUUUUUGAUAAAUAAAAAUUAUUUUUUAAUGUAA